AGGGUACCAUUGGCUGCGCACUGUCCACCCAUCCUUGUCACUUUGUAGAAAAAGAAAAACCUGAAGUGAAGAGAGUACAAUAGACGUUCAGCAGUUCCUUCUGUACCUUACCUGCUCAACAUGUAUAAAGUUGUUUCCUGUCUAAGUGGCCGCUAUGCAGGUCUCAUGGGACAGUCCUGCUGUUCACCUGGUUUGGCCAAAUUUCACCUGGGAAGUGGUGCAGUAUGUCAGAAAUCCGCCCUCAAAUACCGUCCCGCAGACCUCCCAGAGAUGCCUCCAUGCAAUUUCAAGCCAGAUGAAUACAAGGGUAUGUCCAAAGGGUGCAUGAUGGAGAUCCGCAGGCAGAAUUGCAACCCUAUGACCAUGAAGAUUACCUACUAUAAGAAACCAGUGUUCAUCCACCAGGGACACAUGGAAUGGCUGUGGGAUGUAGAUGGGAGGCGAUAUCUGGAUCUGUUUGCUGGUGUGGCUACAGUCAGUUUGGGCCAUUGCCACCCGAAAGUGACAGCAGCUGCACAGAAGCAGUUGAAGACGCUGUGGCAUACUACAAACAUCUACGUCCAUCCUACUCUCCAUGAGUAUUGUGAGAAACUAGCGUCCUACUUACCAGAUCCCCUUAAGGUGAUAUAUCUGACCAACAGCGGCUCAGAAGCCAAUGACUUGGCUAUGUUGAUGGCUCGACUUCACACAGGCAACUUUGACAUCAUCACUUUCAGAGGGUCAUACCACGGUGGCACCCAACAGACAAUGGGUCUUACCUCCAACAUGCCAUAUAAAUACCCCAUUUCUACAAGUUCAGGCUGCACGCAUACCAUGUGCCCUGAUGUGUUCAGAGGCCCGUGGGGAGGAAGCCACUGCAGGGACUCUCCUGUGCAGACCAUCAGAGAAUGUAGCUGUGCCCAAGGUCAUUGCAUGGCAAGUGAACAAUACAUUGGACAGCUCAAAGAGACAUUUGCCACGAGUGUCCCAAGUCGAAUUGCUGGUUUCUUUGCAGAACCUAUUCAGGGAAUGGGAGGAGCUGUGCAAUAUCCCAAAAACUACUUAAAGGAGGCUUACAAACUUGUGAGAGAGAGAGGAGGGAUCUGCAUUGCUGAUGAGGUCCAGACUGGAUUUGGGCGAACAGGAACUCACUUCUGGGGUUUCCAAGGUCAUGAAGUCAUUCCUGAUAUGGUUACAAUGGCAAAGGGCAUUGGUAAUGGAUUCCCAAUAGGAGCUGUUGUUACAACACCAGAAAUUGCUGCUUCUUUUGGAAAGGCCUACCACUUCAACACCUUUGGAGGAAGUCCUAUAGCUUGUGCCGUGGCUUCAUCAGUGCUUGAUACUAUCAAAGAAGACAGCAUACAGCAGAACAGUCAUAAUGUGGGCACUUAUCUGAUGACAGAACUGGCAAAACUCAGAGACCAGCAUGACAUUAUCGGUGAUGUGCGUGGAAAAGGCCUGCAGAUCGGUGUGGAAAUGGUCAAAGACAAGGUCAGCAGGAACCCACUGUCUCCUGAGGCAAUGAGUGAGAUUUUUGAGGACAUAAAGGACAUGGGAGUCCUGAUAGGGAAAGGAGGAGUCUAUGGACAGACCUUCCGCAUCCAACCCCCCAUGUGCAUCACCAAGGAGGAUGUAGAUUUCUUCCUGGCAGUUUUUAACAAGGCCAUCCACAGCUACGUCGACAGAAAAUGA